ACCUUCAAAAACAUGCAGCGCCGGCACACAACACUGAGGGAGAAGGGCCGCCGCCAGGCCAUCCGGGGUCCCGCCUACAUGUUCAACGAGAAGGGCACCAGCCUGACGCCCGAGGAGGAGCGCUUCCUGGACUCAGCCGAGUAUGGCAACAUCCCCGUGGUCAGGAAAAUGCUGGAGGAGUCCAAGACCCUCAACUUCAACUGCGUGGACUACAUGGGGCAAAACGCGCUGCAGCUGGCCGUGGGCAACGAGCACCUGGAGGUCACGGAGCUGCUGCUCAAGAAGGAGAACCUGGCGCGGGUGGGGGACGCGCUGCUGCUCGCCAUCAGCAAGGGCUACGUGCGCAUCGUGGAGGCCAUCCUCAACCACCCGGCCUUCGCGCAGGGCCAGCGCCUGACACUCAGCCCCCUGGAGCAGGAGCUGCGCGACGACGACUUCUACGCCUAUGACGAGGACGGCACGCGCUUCUCGCACGACAUCACGCCCAUCAUCCUAGCGGCGCACUGCCAGGAGUAUGAGAUCGUGCACAUCCUCCUGCUCAAGGGCGCCCGCAUCGAGCGGCCGCACGACUACUUCUGCAAGUGCAACGAGUGCACCGAGAAGCAGCGGAAGGACUCCUUCAGCCACUCGCGCUCCCGCAUGAACGCCUACAAGGGGCUGGCGAGCGCUGCUUACCUGUCUCUGUCCAGCGAAGACCCCGUGCUCACCGCGCUGGAGCUGAGCAACGAACUGGCCAGGCUAGCCAACAUUGAGACUGAAUUCAAGAAUGAUUACAGGAAGUUAUCUAUGCAAUGCAAGGAUUUUGUGGUGGGCGUGCUGGACCUAUGCCGAGACACAGAAGAGGUGGAAGCGAUUUUAAAUGGUGAUGUGAACUUCCAAGUCUGGUCCGACCACCACCGUCCAAGUCUGAGCCGGAUCAAACUCGCCAUUAAAUACGAAGUCAAGAAGUUCGUUGCUCAUCCUAACUGUCAGCAGCAAUUGCUUACCAUGUGGUAUGAAAAUCUCUCAGGCUUACGUCAACAGUCUAUCGCUGUGAAAUUCCUGGCUGUCUUUGGAGUCUCCCUAGGCCUCCCUUUUCUCGCCAUAGCCUAUUGGAUUGCUCCGUGCAGCAAGCUAGGAAGAACCCUGAGGAGCCCUUUCAUGAAAUUUGUAGCCCAUGCAGUUUCUUUUACAAUCUUUUUGGGACUGUUAGUUGUGAAUGCAUCAGACCGCUUUGAAGGCGUUAAAACCCUGCCCAACGAAACCUUCACAGACUACCCGAAACAGAUCUUCAGAGUGAAAACCACACAAUUCUCCUGGACAGAAAUGCUCAUCAUGAAGUGGGUCUUAGGAAUGAUUUGGUCCGAAUGCAAGGAAAUCUGGGAGGAGGGGCCGCGGGAGUACGUGCUGCACCUGUGGAACCUGCUAGACUUCGGGAUGCUGUCCAUCUUCGUGGCCUCCUUCACCGCCAGGUUCAUGGCCUUCCUGAAGGCCAGCGAGGCCCAGCUGUACGUGGACCAGCACGUGCAGGACGACUCGCUGCACAACGUCUCACUUCCGCCGGAAGUGGCGUACUUCACCUACGCCAGGGACAAGUGGUGGCCUUCAGACCCUCAGAUCAUAUCGGAAGGGCUGUAUGCCAUCGCUGUCGUGCUGAGCUUCUCCAGGAUUGCAUACAUCCUGCCAGCCAAUGAAAGUUUUGGACCCCUGCAGAUCUCGCUGGGGAGAACUGUGAAAGAUAUCUUCAAGUUCAUGGUCAUUUUCAUCAUGGUAUUUGUGGCCUUCAUGAUUGGAAUGUUCAAUCUGUACUCCUACUACCGAGGUGCAAAGUACAACCCAGCGUUUACAACAAAGGACCCUGGGUAUUCUGUGCAAGCCCUCUCCCUGUUCCUCACAAGGAGCCUGUACUACUGGCCCACAGUUGCUCAGAAGGUCAGUGCCAGGACACAGGAGAAAAUGAAAAAGAAAAUCAUGAAACGGCUCAUUAAAAGAUACGUCCUGAAGGCCCAGGUGGAUAGAGAAAACGACGAAGUCAAUGAAGGUGAACUGAAGGAAAUCAAGCAAGAUAUCUCCAGCCUGCGCUACGAGCUUCUGGAAGAGAAAUCUCAAGCUACCGGUGAGCUGGCAGACCUGAUCCAACAGCUCAGUGAGAAAUUUGGAAAGAAUUUAAACAAAGACCACCUGCGGGUAAACAAGGGCAAAGACAUUUAGCAGCCUGCAUCGGCAUCUGUGACUUCUACCAGCAUUCCCAGGCCAGGAUGGAUUUCCUAGCCACCAGCCCUGGCGGGGAAGGGUCCUGGGCCCACUCCUCUAGGACACUAAGGGGACCCAUUGGCUCUGUCCUGAGCAGAGUCACUGACAUGUGCAGUAUAGUAGCCUGCCUUGACCCAGAACUGUUGUGAA